GCAAGCGCGCACCCGUGUAGCCAGUAAGUGGAGGACAGCUCUCGGGUGCUGAUUUUCUGAGAGUGCUGAAACUGAAAAUCAUCCCCAUAUAAUUGAUAAUAGUGAUCUGGAGAAACCGGUGAAGCAGUUUGCCUAAGGAGACACGAAGCACCUAUCCAGAUGGCUGCCACACAGGAUGGGAAGUUUGGCCAGAAGGAGGGCUCGGACCAGAACUUCGACUACAUGUUCAAGCUGCUGAUCAUCGGGAACAGCAGCGUAGGCAAGACCAGCUUCCUGUUCCGUUACGCCGACGACUGCUUCACUUCCGCCUUCGUCAGCACCGUGGGCAUCGACUUCAAGGUCAAGACCGUCUACAAGAACGGCAAGAGGAUCAAGCUGCAGAUAUGGGACACAGCAGGACAGGAGCGAUACCGGACCAUCACCACGGCGUACUACAGAGGAGCCAUGGGCUUCAUCCUAAUGUAUGACAUCACCAACGAGGAGUCGUUCAACGCUGUGCAGGACUGGUCGACCCAGAUCAAGACGUACUCCUGGGACAAUGCGCAGGUGGUUCUGGCCGGGAACAAGUGUGACAUGGAGGAGGAGAGAGUGGUGUCUACAGCCAGCGGCAGGAUGCUGGCCGACCAACUGGGGUUCCAGUUCUUGGAGACGAGCGCUAAGGAGAACCUGAACGUGACGCAGACGUUUGAGCAGCUGGUGGAGAUCAUCUGCGUCCAGACCGCGGAGAACCCGGAGACAGACCCCGCUGUCGCCACGGCAACGCCCAGCGCCAAGCUCACAGACAACCCCCCGCUCCUACAGCCGCCCGGCUGCGGCUGUUAAUGCCCCCCCCCCCCACACACACACACACAACGUGCUGUUGCCAUGACACCCAGCUCCUUAUAUCUAGUCUUAUAACUGUGUCACGCCCAUAUGCAUACUUCCAUAAGUCCACUGCUCCCAGAGGAUGUGCACGUGUACCCAGAUAUUUUGUGGAUAUAUUUUCAUUUUAAAACGCGCCAUUAAGUAUUAAAACUGAGAGAUGCUCGCGGACCUGUGAUUGUGUGAAGUACGGGGGUCAUUCCUGAUUGCUGUCCGCCAGAAAGACUGAGAGAGAUCUGAACUGUGAAUGGUCCAACUGUGAAAUUGUUGGUGAGCUCGUGGAUUAAAAGAAGUUUAUGUAAUGACAAAACAAA